CCGAUUAAAUAUUAAAGUAAAACUUAAGCUCUGUUAACUUUGUGGCCCCUUUUUUCUCAGCUACUCACACCAUGGUCAAUCUCAUGGCAUCUUGGCAUGGCAUUUUACUACCAGUUCACUCAUCCCCCUUCCUCACUAGCAUCUUGUUAAAAACAGAUUCUAAUCUCGCCUGUCAUGUCCUGCUUGCUUGUGGCUCGUGGUUUAAAGACUUCACAAGAACUCUGACUGCCUUGCUCGAUAACCAGAUGCAUAUUUUUUGGCUUUGCAUACUUGUUGAACCCGUUUUUUAAACGUGUGGGCACGGAGAGGGUACGAGAAGAGCACAGUACAUGAAGACGCCCAAAUGCUGGGAAAGUGUUUGGAAUGCCUCUACGAAAGCGGCUGCAAACAAGGCAAGGUAGAGAAAGACAGGAAAGGCAAGGGAGAGAGAGAGAGAUGGAGCGAAGGGCCCGGGCCGGAUUCGAACCCGGGCCGCUGCCAUAAGGACUCAGCUUUGAUAUGACAGGCAGACGGACAGACGGCAGGACGGAUACACGGGUGGGGGCUGUGCUAGGCGGCUCGGCGGCAGGCUGGUGGAAGAUGUCGUCAGGAGCCGGUGGGAGGGGUGGAAGGCGGCUCAGGGGAACAGCAACCAGCGGCGGUGGAGGAGGGAGAGGAGGGGCAGGAGAGGCAGAGGAAGGGCCUGUGGGGAUCCCUUUCCCUGAGCACAGCGCAGACAUCCUCGGCAGCCUAAACAAGCAGCGGCUCAGCGGCCUCCUGUGUGACGUGCUCCUGGUUACCCAGGACCGGGAGUUCCCAGCUCACCGCUCCGUCCUGGCGUCCUGCAGCUCCUACUUCCACAAGCUCUUCACUUCAGGGGCCGCUGCUGACCAACAGAACAUCUACAACAUCGACUUUGUGGAGGCGGAGGCUCUGGGAGCGUUGCUGGACUUUGCCUACACAGCCACCUUGACAGUCAGUCACAGCAGUGUGGCUGACAUCCUUGCCGCUGCACGUCUCCUGGAAAUCCCACCUGUCCAGGAUGUCUGUACACACCUGCUGGAUACCAAAGUGCUCUCCCCGCCGGCGGGCAGUGAGCAGAGAGAUGAAGAUGAGGAGGGGAAGGGCAGAGGAGGCAGGGAGCCGGGGAACCGGGUGCGGGCCCAGGAGUACCUGGAGUACUUCCAGAGAGGGGCGCACUGGAGCAGCAGCUGCAGCACGCCAGAGCUCAGGGACCUGCCCACACACCUGCACUUUAACCACGGUAAUGGGGGGGCCCCCAGCAAUGGGACUCCAGCUGUCCCUGGUGAGUACUACUCCCCCCUGGCCAUCGCCUUGGCCCAGGCCCCCUCACAGGAACCAGAGGAUGAGGAUGAGGAUGAAGAAGAAGAUGAGGACGCGGAGGCGGUGCAGGGAAACGGCGCAGGCCUGGGGUCAUCUUACUACCCUCCAUCCCAAAAUGGGCACUUCUACCUUCCCCCUGAGUCUAGGCUUGGGCAGGAGGUGGAGGAUGGAGGUAGGGAGGUGAUGGCAAGGGAGAGGGGUUCUGCCAGUGCUCUCCUGCAGCAGAUGAUGGACUCCAUCGAGAAGCAGAAGGAGCGUGCAACAACCGGGGAGGAACAGGGAGAUGGGGAUGACCCAGACAUGGAAUUUUACUUGAAUUAUUUUAACAGCUCACAGCAUGAGGAUACAACUUCUGCUGCUGUGACACAGGGAGUGCCGCCACUCUGGUUAUCACGGGGCAGAACGGGCCAAGAGAGAGUUGGAGUAGGAGGAGGAGAGAGGGGGGUUGGAGAGAGAGGCAACGGGGGUGGAGGAGGUGGAGGAGAGAGGAAGAUGCGCUCUAAGGCCUUCCAGAAAUGCCCCAUAUGCUCCAAGGUCAUUCAAGGAGCCGGCAAGCUACCCCGCCACAUCCGAACACACACAGGAGAGAAACCCUAUGAAUGCGCCAUCUGCAAAGUGCGCUUUACCAGGCAGGACAAGCUCAAGGUUCAUAUGCGGAAGCAUACAGGAGAGAAGCCUUACCUGUGUACGCAAUGUGGAGCCGCCUUUGCUCACAACUACGACCUGAAGAACCACAUGCGCGUACACACCGGCCUGCGCCCCUACCAAUGCUCAAGCUGCUUUAAGACUUUUGUGCGCUCGGACCACCUGCACCGCCACCUCAAGAAGGACGGCUGUAACGGCAUCCCGUCUCGUCGAGGCCGAAAGCCUCGUGUGCGAGAGCCAGGGCUCCUUGAUGCCCCCCUGGGCCUGCUGAACCCCAGCUCCGACACAGGCCCUGGGCCUCGUACCAUGAGGGGACGGCGGCGCUCAGAGGCAUCAUCAGCGGCUGAGGUGGAGGGGGCUGCUGAAGCCCAUGCACACAGUCCUCAGCUGCAGGAGUUGGCCGUGGAGGCAGGGCCCUGAGACUGCAGGGGCGACAAGGACACUGCUGGAUACCAUAGUCACUCUGCACAGCCUGUGAGACAGGCCAGUGAACAGAGAGGAGAAAAAACAUGCAAAGGCAAACUUUAAAAAAAAAACAAA